GGAGAGAAGAGGGUGGGUGGGGGCGGUGACGAGAUGGGGCAGUGAACUUAAAGAGGAGGGAAGGAGGAUGGGAUACGUGGCGGCGCCCAUGGUGGCCGUGACGGUGUCCCAGUACUUGGUCCAGGUGAUCUCCAGCAUGAUGGUCGGCCAUCUCGGCGAGCUCGCCCUCUCCAGCUCCGCCAUCGCCACCUCCCUAACCAGCGUCACCGGCUUCAGCCUCCUCUAGAGAAAGGUGGAGAGAAUUGAGGAAAAGAUGGAAUAGGAGCUAUAGUCUUCUGAUGAGAGAAGUGAAAUGUGGCAGUGACUAGAUGGGUCAAUUAGCACAAAGCAGAGGGUGAGAAGCUGUGCCACCUCUCAGCUCCAUUGGUUGCAUUGAUGGUAUCUCAAUAUUCUUUGAGGGUCAUGCCUGUCAUGAUGUUGGGGCACCUCGGUGCGCUCACGCUCUCUCCUGCGUCCCUUGCCGCCACUUUCUCCAGUGUCAUUGCAUUCAGCAUUGUGCUAGGAAUGGCAAGUGGACUGGAAACAUUAUGUGGGCAAGCCUAUGGAGCACAACAGUACCAGAAGCUUGGAAUCCACACCUACAGAGCCAUUCUGUCUCUCGUUGUAGUUUGUCUUCCCAUCUCUCUCAUAUGGGUCUCGAUGGGAAAGAUCCUCUUGUUCACAGGUCAAGAUCCUCUGAUCUCACUAGAGGCAGGGAAAUAUGCAGCCUGGAUGAUCCCUGGCUUGUUUGCUUAUGCCACUGCUCAACCUCUUAUAAAGUUCCUUCAAUCUCAAAGCCUAAUUCUUCCUAUGCUCCUAAGCUCCAUGACAACAUUAUGCCUUCACAUUCCUCUGUGCUGGGUUAUGGUUUUUAAGUCUGGUUUGGGCAAUGUUGGCGCUGCUCUGUCUAUAAGCAUAUCAUAUUGGCUGAACGUCUUCAUGCUUGUGCUAUACAUCAGGUAUUCAGCAUCUUGCAAAGCUACCCGAUCGCCAAUCUCAAAAGAGUGCUUCAGAGGGAUCAAUGAGUUCUUAAAGUUAGCCCUUCCAUCUGCGGUAAUGAUUUGUCUUGAGUGGUGGUCCUUUGAGCUUCUUGUCUUGCUUUCUGGGCUUUUGCCCAAUCCAGAGCUUGAAACUUCAGUGCUUUCUAUUUGUCUCACUAGUAUCUCAAUGCUCUACACCAUUCCAUAUGGACUUGGUGCUGCUGCUAGUACAAGGGUGUCAAACGAAUUAGGAGCUGGGAAUCCACAAAGAGCUCGGUUAGCAGUACGUGUUGUGAUGUUUAUUGCAGUUACAGAGGCCAUUCUUGUGAGUGGGACCGUUUUUGCCUUGCGUCCCAUCUUGGGUUAUGCCUACAGCAAUGAGGAGGAGGUCAUUAAUUAUGUCAAGGAAAUGGUUCCUCUGGUUUGUGUCUCUGUAACAACAGAUAGCCUGCAAGGGGUCCUCUCAGGUAUUGCAAGAGGAUGUGGAUGGCAGCACAUUGGUGCUUACGUCAACCUUGGGGCUUUUUAUCUAAUUGGAAUUCCGAUAGCUGUGAUUUUGGGUUUUCCAUUGCACAUGGGAGGAAAGGGCCUUUGGAUUGGUAUAUUGUGUGGGUCUACGACGCAGUCAGUUCUUCUCUCUCUAAUAACCGGCUUCACAAAUUGGCAGCAACAGGCAAACAUGGCAAGGAAGCGAAUAUUUGAUGAAAGAUUACCAUUGGAGGAUGGUCUGAUAUGAGCCAGCAGUCUUUAUGCUUCUGAUUUUGCCUUGUCCACAAUUAGUUGUUUUUUAGAAUUGUAUAAUUUGGUCUGAAAUGAUGAGUCUUGCACAGAUAAUGAUGUAGCAAGUCGCAUUUUUGCUUCUGCGGGAUCUUGUAUGAAUCGAGGUUUGUAUUGGGGCCUGCUAUGUAUUUGAACUAGUAUUGACAUCUUUAUCAAUACGAGUUUUCCCAAGUGAACCAAAAUUAUGAAAUCAAUUUAAUGAAAUAAGUUAUAAGGAAAUUGUCA